AUGAAAUGGAAUAAAGGUGCACAAGAAGGAAUUGUUGUCGCUGGGGGUCAAGGUCAAGGGGAUGCUCUGACACAAUUCUCGUAUCCUAAUGGACUCUUCGUCGAUGCGUUGGGUACCAUUUAUGUGGCAGACUCGGAUAAUCAUCGAGUGAUGCGUUGGCCUAAAGGAGCGAAACAGGGCACUGUUAUUAUUGGUGGAAAUGGUUGGGGAAAAGAAGCAAAUCAGUUGAACGUUCCCAUUGGUUUGUUCUUCGAUCGACACGGCAAUCUCUAUGUCGUCAAUAUGAAUAAUCAUCGUGUUCAACUUUUUUCUAUUCAAUAA